ACCAGCUCUGGGGAAGGGUCUCGAGUGAGGGCGGGAGGGCGCCUGUCAGGGUCCCAGGGAGUGGCAGUCCUCAGGUAUGGCCCUGCCCAGGUAUCCGGACCUGAAGGUGCCUCCCCUGACAGUCCCCAAGCUAUGUCAGUCCUGCGGAGAGCCAGGAUUAAUUCCACGUCCCUGAGCAUGCGUUAGUCCCUCCUGUUUUCAUGCUUCAGGUUUCCUCGGGAUGAGCCAAGGGAGAGGUCUCCCUGCCUGGCCGGGGCCGCUGUCCCGUAGCUGAGGGCAGACGUACGAGCCAGCCGCGGACAGGUGGCUGCAGAGCCGGAGCAGGGCCGCCGCGCCGCGCCAUGGCGCCCACCCUGGCCACUGCCCAUCGGCGCCGCUGGUGGAUGGCCUGCACAGCCGUGUUGGAAAACCUCCUCUUCUCGGCAGUCCUCCUGGGCUGGGGCUCGCUGCUCAUCAUGCUCAAGUCGGAGGGCUUCUACUCAUACCUGUGUACUGAGCCAGAGAAUGUCACCAACGGCACAGUGGGGGACACGGAAGAGCUGGAGCACGAGGAGGUCAGCUGGAUGAAUGGCUGGCUCAGCUGCAAGGCCCAGGAUGAGAUGCUAAACUUGGCCUUCACCGUAGGCUCCUUCCUGCUCAGCGCCAUCACCCUACCUCUAGGCAUUGUCAUGGACAAGUAUGGCCCAAGGAAGCUCAGGCUGCUGGGCAGUGCCUGCUUUGCUGUCUCCUGCUUGCUGAUUGCAUAUGGAGCAAGUAACCCAAACUCUCUGUCUGUGCUCAUCUUCAUCGCCCUGUCUCUGAAUGGCUUUGGUGGGAUGUGCAUGACUUUCACCUCGUUAACACUACCCAACAUGUUUGGUGACCUUCGGUCCACGUUUAUUGCCUUGAUGAUUGGAUCCUAUGCCUCCUCAGCAGUCACCUUCCCAGGAAUCAAGGUCAUCUACGACUUUGGUGCCUCCUUCAUCAUCAUCCUCGUGGUCUGGGCCGGCUGCUCCGGAUUGGUGUUCCUCAACUGCUUCUUGAACUGGCCCCUGGAGCCUUUCCCAGGGCCUGAGGACAUGGACUACUCGGUGAAGAUCAAGUUCAGCUGGCUGGGCUUUGACCACAAGAUCACAGGGAAGCAGUUCUACAAGCAGGUGACCACGGUGGGGCGCCGCCUCAGCGUGGGCAGCUCCAUGAGGAGCAGCAAGGAGCAAGCGGCACUGCAGGAGGGCCAUAAGCUGUGCCUGUCCACCAUUGACCUGGAGGUGAAGUGCCAGCCAGACACCGCAGCGGCCCCCUCCUUCAUGCACAGCGUGUUCAGCCCCAUCCUGCUGCUCAGCCUGGUCACCAUGUGCAUCACACAGCUACGGCUCAUCUUCUACAUGGGCGCCAUGAACAAUAUCCUCAAGUUCCUGGUCAGCGGUGAUCAGGAUGUAGUUGGCCUCUACACCUCCAUCUUCGGUGUGCUCCAGCUGCUUUGCCUGCUGACAGCCCCUGUCAUUGGCUACAUCAUGGACUGGAGGCUGAAGGAGUGUGAAGAUGCCUCUGAGGAACCUGAGGAGAAAGACGCCAACCAGGGCGAGAAGAAGAAGAAGCGAGACCGGCAGAUCCAGAAAGUCACCAACGCCAUGCGGGCCUUCGCCUUCACAAAUGUGCUGCUUGUGGGCUUUGGGGUGACCUGUCUCAUUCCCAACCUGCCUCUGCAGAUCCUCUCCUUUAUCCUGCACACGAUUGUGCGAGGAUUCAUCCACUCUGCCGUCGGGGGCCUGUAUGCCGCCGUGUACCCCUCCACCCAGUUUGGCAGCCUCACAGGACUGCAGUCGCUGGUCAGUGCACUCUUCGCUCUCCUGCUUGCCCUGAGCAUGCUGGGGUUCUGCCUCCCCCUCUACCUCGUCUGCUACCGGCGCCAGCUGGAGAGGCAGCUACAGCAGAAGAGGGAGGAUGACAAGCUUUUCCUCAAGCUGAACGGCUCCUCCAACCCAGAGGCUUUCGUGUAGCGCUCACCGCCUCGGAACUGUGGCCUCCUGCCCUUGCUUCAGUGACUCACCGGUGUCCUUCUCCCCAUCCCAGAGGACCUCCGUGCACCCUCAGGAUCCUCUCCUUCACCAUUUUGGAGUCCACGCUCCCUCCCAGGGCCCUGGUCCUGCCUUGGAGCUCUGCAGCGCUAGGACAGACGGGAGAGGGCCCGGUUGUGCGAUGUUCCUACUGCUGGAAGCAAGGGCUGGCCUGGGCUUUGCUCUGCCACUGUCGAGGGGCCCCGGAGCCUUGAGGCACAAUGGUGCCUGCAGGAGGAGCAAGGAGGACCUCCAGCAGGCAGGCUCUCUCUCCCUUAAGUGUCUGGAUUCUGCCUCUUGCCAAAGCAGAGGGGUCUGCCACCUACUGCCUGCCACCUGCCCCUCAGCUGCAUGCCCACUGGCCACACCUGCCCAAGGACAAAGGCUUGCACUGUCUGCGCGCCCUCGCCUGGCCCCUCAACCUCCUCCCCGGCCAGUCUGAGGCUGCCUGAGGAAGGAAGGACCCGCUUCCUGUUGUUGGUGCUAACUCCUUUGUAAUUCCAGCCCCCUGUGGCCUGUCCGUGACCUGUCCUCCUGUUAUAGGCCUGUGGAGAAGCCCCCAUGGCUUAAAGCCUGAGGAGGGGACGGAGGGCUGGAUAGUCAUGCACGGCUAGGAGCCAAGGACAAGGCUGCUUAGCAGUCCCUCACCUCCUCCCUAGGGGCAGGGAGCAAGUUUCCACUGCCACCCUUCAUCCAGUCUGUGACCCGAAGGGAAUUAAAACAGCACCAACAGGGCGCCCCCUACACACACAGCUGUUUUUAUGGGGGUGGAAGCCAGGCUGCUGCUGACAGAUGAGGAGGUCCAGGCCUGGCCGGGGAGAUGGACGGUGAGGGGCCUAAGUGUGUGUGUGUGUGUGUGUGUGUGUGUGUGUACAUGUGUAAGUGGGAUGUGUGACCCUGUGAUACGUGUGAGGGAUGUGUGUGGUGGGGUGAUGGUAAGGUGUGGGCUCUGGGUGUCUGCCCUCAUCUUCCUGGGGCCACCCAGGAGCCAGCCAGGCCUGCCACAGGCCCAGGGUCCUGGAGGCAGCCUCACUCUGGGCCUGGAGCUGGUCUGAGGCCGUGGGGCCACAGCGCCCCCUGCCGGCAGACUCCUCCAGGGCCCUGGAGCUGUUUACGGGAAGAGGCCGCCCUUCCUCUGCCAGGCGGGCCUGGCUUUCCAGCCCCCCACCUGACUGCCUCCAGAAAUGUGUCUGAGACUUCCUGGGAGUGCUCAGCAGGGUGGGUUGAUUUUUAGGUUUCUACUUUUGGGUUUUUUCUUUUAAGUUUUAUCAGACUCCUUUUCAUAAAGCAAUAAAUCCAUUUUCCUCCUGGUAAGGGACGCCCCUGCUAAGCAUUUCGGUUAAUGGCUACACGUGCCUGUUUUGAGCUUGAGGAGAAAAGGCGAGACAAGAUUUCUUGCCACUGAGCAGCCCCAGUCCUACCCAGCCAGCCGUUCCCCAUCUCUCUGGGUGAUUGCCAUCUUAGAAGCUGCAGUGGGGCCAGGAAGAGACCUUACUCCCCACCCCGCCCCCAAACAAACUGCGCUUGUACAGACAUCUUAGAAGUGUGGGCCAGACUGCCUCUGCUGUUUAUCCCAGCCAAACAGCGAGUCCUGAUCCCUUCCAUCCCCGACUCAGAUUUCUUAUUCCUGGAUCCGCUGCCCUGAGGGUUCCUCCUGAGCUCAGGACACAAGGUGACCCAGGAGAACCUCAGGCUCAAAGAGACAGAAGCAGAAAGUGGUGAGGGAAACUGGUGGGGAACAGUAAAGGACAGACCCAGGCCCAAAUUCGAGUCCUGCAUUAACGGUCGAGCACCUUGAACACACCUAAUUUUCCUAGAUUUCAGUCCACUCAAACAUUAAAAAAUAAGAUAUUUGUUUGAAACAA